CCCUAUUGCGAUCAACGCUAGUGGGUCUCCUGGUCAAUUAAUUGUUAUGAGACUGACCUAUCGCACCCCAUCGCUGCAGACAGACCCACCUUUGCCACUCAGGGCACUGGGCAGUGUUCAGGCUGAGGCGGUGCUGGACCCGAAAGACGCGAAGAUAACUCCGCCCCGGUCCGUGGAUACCUUCAUCAGGGCAUUGGUUAUUUCCACUCGCUGAUCCUGUUGCCUGGUUCGAAUCUGUCUUAUACCGUUGGAUGAUCCCGUCUCUUCCUUCGUUAUUCUUGUCGGUUUUCCUAUUUUUGGCAUCCGUCGGAUCCAUCUCCACCACGUCCACUGGGUCGGAAAUUGAACGCCUGACUACGCAAUCACAAGUGACACCGUGCGACCAUUGCCAAUAUCCAUGCAGGCAUAUUACUCCGGAGGACACAGACCAGACGCUGUCCUGCAAACACCCGAAUAUUCCAAAAAUAAUCAUGCGCCCCCGACGACUGUUUCUCGUUCUCCCUCUCAUCCUCCUCGUCCUCACCGGGGCUCUACUCUACCGCAAGUUCGCCCCUCAUUCUACCCGCGAGGUGUCCUGCGCCGACUGCCUCCGCUACUCACGUCAGAUCGAGACGAAGUUCCACCAUACACCCGAGAACAAGGACAAUACACAGUUCUUCCGCUACGCACUGGACAAGUCGUGUCGCGGGGUGGUGUUCCUCAGUGGGGCCUGCUCGAAGCUGCGCCGGGUGUUCCGGAACGAUGUGUCGCAGUUCAUGGGGCUGAUUCAGGAGGGGAAUGUUUAUGAAGCGUGCGAGGCGGCCAAGGCCUGUCCACUCAGAAAUCCUCCGGCGUAGUUAGUUCAUUAUAUCCACACAUACAUACGCAUGCAUAUAGCAUUGGGAUCGAGGCUGUAUACUUAUCCCCGAUUGAUUGUGAACAGCAUCAGUCAGGCCACGGUUGCUGGGCUUGGCAUCCCCGCUGCUUAUUCUAAUAAUAAACCACUCGGGACGAGGUCUGCUCUCGGCUCUGAUCGAUUGUCAAUUGACCAGUAUACCAUCAUGCAUGAUGAAGGGUUCAUCUGGUGAUGGUCUGCUGUCCAGAUAUCUGAUGCUUGGAGGAAACAAACAAUGGAUCCAAGACGGU